AGUCCAUUGAGUUCAUUCAUUCAUUAACAAUAACCAUUUCAGUGAGUUUGGGGAAGAUAGAAAACCCACCCAGAUCAUUCUCUCUCAGAACCCUCGAUAACGACAUUGUUUCCUCUUCCUCCGAUUUUACCCUAGGUCUAUUUCUCUUCAUUGUUUUCUUCUUUUUACCAUCAAAUAUAGUGUGUGUUUUUAUAUAUUAUUUCUUUGCUAUGUAUGUGCUUUUGGGUUUUCAUUUGGUAAAAUGAAAUCAAUGUCUUCUUUUUCCGAUUCUUUCAUUGCAUGUUAUUUCUUUCUUUCUAUCGCUGUAAGUAAGCAAGUGCAUGCAUAAACAGAAGUGAUUUCUUUUACAAAUUAUCCUUUUUCAAAGUUGAACGAACUCAUUUAUGUAAUGUUGUUUAUUUUUCACUUUUAAUUUCAAGAAUAUAAAGAUUAGGGUGACUCACUGGCUGACAAGUUAAAUUACUCCUUUUUGAUUCCCUCUCAUCAUCAUGAUUUUGGAUGCUUUUUAGUAAGGGUUUUUGUUCUAUUUCUUAAUCAUUGAAGGUUUUAGGGUUGACUUAUUUUUGAGCUUAUACAAGUAUUAACAUAAAAGCUUAUGUUAUUAGCACAAGUUAUUUUUCAUAAAGCUGAAAAAUAAGCUAAUCCAAAUGGGAUGGUGUGAAAAAUAAAUGAACAAAUUAUAUUCAUUGUUUCUUACAGAUGGGCCCUUAUUAAAUAUGAUAUAAAGCUAAUAGGUUUUUGUAGUUGUAGUAGAUACAUCAAAAUGCAUACAUUUUUCUGUUGUUUAAUUCAUUUUAUUAAUUCUUGUCUAGGGUUUUGUUUAAUGAGAUAUCUGUGUUUUCAGUGCUUUUUUCCUUCCAGGUUACUGAAAUGUUGGGUAAUAACUGAUUUUUUCGUUUUAUUAUUACAACAAUGUUUAGGUCUUCUUGCUCAAUUACUCAUAAAUCAUCAUAUGGUGUAUUUGUUUCUAUCUUUUACAUUUGGCUGUUUGUAGCAAAAGUAACUGUUGGUUGGUUAAAAAUGGCGCCAAGGCCAAAUCCAAAAAUAGCAGCGGCCUUAACUGCAAUGGGAGCUCUUGGGAUUGAUGAAGCAAAAGUAAAAUCGGUGUUAAAAAAGCUCCUCAAAUUGUAUGAUAAAAAUUGGGAACUUAUCGAGGAAGAGAACUACAGAGCUCUUCUGGAUGCUAUAUUUGAAGAAGGCGAUAAUUUUGAGGAGCCAGAACAGCAAAACAAAAACAAGAGAGUUAUUAAUGAAGAAGAGACGGAGGCUGAAAAAGCUCCGAUAAAUGGUGAAUCUGCUCGACCUUUGAAAAGAUUGAGAUUAAGAGGAGAGAACAAUUCCCCUAGUUCAGCUUCUUCCCCAUCAAAGAAGCCUCACAUAGAAAAUGCCAAUGCACUUCAGGGAUGCUCUGCACAGCAGUCUCAAAACAAAGCAGUGUCAUCUGAGGAAAAUGUGAGGAUUGCAGGACGUCCAAGUCCUAUACGGAAUACCAGUUCUGACAGGGGAAAGCAACCUGCAUUGCCUCAAGUUUCUCUUGGAGGGAGAAGACAUGUAUCUGAAAGAGCAUCUCCAUCUAAACAUCCAACAGUUGAACCUGGAAAGUUUCUGUUACCAAGCUACCAAACGCCUCAUGCUUAUACAAUGACGGAACCUAAACCGGAGCCUGUUGAUGAAGCUGAUUAUGAGGUUCCCAUUGCAAUGGUUGCCCCUGAACCAUCAAGUUUAAGGCACUCGUCAAUGAAGAAUGGCAUUACUAGAAAGCAGCAAGGUGGCAAUGUCUCUAUGACGUCAUCAAAUCACAACACAAAUAAAGAAGGGGCUUCUGAUGUUGUGAUAGCCUCUUCAGCUCAGGGAGAAGUUAAACUUUCUCUGAGCUGCAGCUCAGCACUUCAGGGACCAAAUUUUCGCAUGCCUACUCAGGAACAACUUCUAAAGAUGAUGGAGGAUAAAUGUCUGCGAUCAUAUAAAAUUACUGACCCAACUUUUUCGGCCACAAAAAUGUUGAGAGAUAUAUGUGAUUGCGUGUUGGAAUUUACUACUGAUUCAAAUGAUGAUUCACAAGAAGGUUCUAGGACAAGAUCAAGCAUUGAUGUGUCAAAGGAAUUAGAUGUUAAUGGCACUGCCGGCAUUGGGGGCAGUAAGGAUUUGGACACAGGUUCUCACUCAUCAAAUGGAUCACUCCAAGUUAAUUCUUUUUCUGCCUUGGUUUCACCUCGAGGCCCCUUUUUGCCAGCCCAUCAGAGUAGUUUGGAUGAUGCUGUACUAGUUUCUAUGAUGGACAAGACAGAUGAUAUUCCACAAAGUGAUGUUAGAUUGCAGCCGGAGGAUCCCAUGUCUACAAAUUCACUCAGUUUAGUGGUUGUUCCAAAUCAUCAGCUUACAGCAGAUGAUAUAAGGUCUUUUCAUGACGUUAACGACCUUACAAAAGGAGAAGAGAAUAAUCAAAUUUCAUGGGUGAAUGAAACUACUGAUGAUUUCCCACCACCUUUCAGCUACAUACCCCAAAACCUUGUGUUCCAAGAUGCAUGUGUCAAAAUUUCUUUAUCUCGUAUUGGGGCCAAGGACUGCUGUUCCUGUAUCGGAAGUUGUAUCUUGUCAACAAAUUGUGCCUGUAUAGAUAAAACUGGGGGCGGAUUUGCAUAUACUGCUCGAGGCCUAAUGAAGGAAGAAUUUUUGGAAGAGUGCAUUGCUAUUAGUCACAACCCUCAACAACAUUGCUUUUAUUGCCAAGAUUGUCCACUUGAAAGGUCCAAGAAUGAUGGUUGUUUGGAACCGUGUAAAGGACACCUGAAGAGAAAGUUUAUUAAAGAAUGUUGGAGCAAAUGUGGCUGUGGGAAACAAUGUGCCAACCGCGUUAUCCAGCGAGGAGUAGCAUACAACUUGCAGGUAUUUUUCACUUCCGAAGGAAAAGGAUGGGGACUUCGUACCCUAGAGGACCUGCCAAAAGGAGCAUUUGUGUGUGAAUUUGUUGGAGAAAUUUUAACUAUUAAAGAGUUGCAUGAGAGGAAUAUGAAAUGCGCUGAAAAUGGUAAAUCUACACACCCAAUUCUACUGGAUGCGGAUUGGGUUUCAGGAUUUGUGAAGGACGAAGAAGCUCUAUGCAUAGAUGCAGCGUCCUUUGGCAACAUUGCUAGAUUUAUCAAUCACAGAUGUUCUGAUGCAAAUUUGGUUGAAAUCCCAAUUCAAAUGGAGUGUCCAGAUCGUUACUACCAUCAUUUUGCCCUUUUCACUACCAGAAAAAUAGCUGCACAGGAAGAGCUCACUUGGGACUAUGGCAUUGACUUUGAUGACCAUGAUCAACCUGUUAAACUGUUUCAGUGCAAAUGUGGCAGCAAGUUCUGCAGGAAUAUGAAGCGAUCAAACAGAUCAACUAGAUCUGCGUUAAUUGCUGGAUGAUAGACAUGCUGCGUUAAACCAUUUUGUGGUCUCAUCCAGGCCCUGGAUGAGUGUAGUAACAAGACCCAGCCUACUUCAGUGAUGCGUUUUUUGGUUUUUCUUUUUGGGAACUUAACGUUUGUGGGUGAGCAAACGUUACUCUGUACAGUUUUGUGGGCAGUAUUGUCCACAGAAAGACCAGUGAAUUAACUGUCAUUUUGGUCCUUAGUUAAGAUACUCUUUAUCUUCAGUUUGGUUUCCAACUAUAAUGAUAUCAAAGUGGUUGUUCAAUGCUAUUUCGUUUUGGUACAUAGAUGUCAAUUUUCAUAUGAUACAUCAAAUUGACGUUGAAGGAUACUUUUGAUACUUUUGAUGAAAGUUGGAUAUUUGCAACUGCUGUAUUUGCAAGGGCUUUGUAACCUUCGUUGGAAUUGACUUUCUAUUAUGUUUAUGUUUUAUUGGUUUUGAACUCGUAAAUGUUUAUGUUUAUUGUGAGCAAACGUUACUCUGUACAGUUUUGUGGGCAGUAUUGUCCACAGAAAGACCAAUGAAUUAACUGUCAUUUUGGUCCUUAGUUAAGAUACUCGUAUCUUCAGUUUGGUUUCCAGCUAUAAUGAUAUCAAAGUGGUUGUUCAAUGCUA